AUGGUUUUCUACGCAUAUGUAAAGAAUGUCGCAGACAACUGGAGUUAUCGAUACGUGAUCACCUUCGCUAGCCGCGAAGUUGCCGAUGAGUGGUGGCGCGCCGUGUCCACUUCCGCCGUCACUAGUUUUGUGAACAGUGUUCAGCGCAUCAACGCCCAGUACUACACUCAUAACCCAAGCCUGGCCAACGCCACAGAGACCCUUGUCACGGCUGGGGUUGCGACCCAAUUCCUUGGCAAGGUGUUUUUCACCUUGGAAAACGACAUAGGUGGCCGUGGGUUGAGCAUCAUCCCGUCGCCUGAUCAAUUUACGGACCACAUUAGCGGGAACUCUUUCUUCAUUCGCUCUAAAGUCGCUCCUUAUGAUUAUUGGUACUAUCCAUCGUCUAACGCGACAAACGCGGUCUAUAUUUCGCGCACCGAACGCACUCGCUUCACUGUUAGUCGCGUCAACAGCGAUACCUCAGGGACUGUCAUAAUUGGCUCUGACAACAUCGCUAUCACGUUGACCACCGUCAAUCUGUCCGUUAACGUCAACGCCACCACUGGCCAAGUCAUUCUUUCACCUGCUCCUCUUUCAGGGUUGACGUUUAGUGCCCUUUUGAGCAACUUCAUCGUUGGACCUUCCUUGGUUGAGAAUGGGGAGAACGUGAAGGAGCUCCUUUACACGGAGAAUGGGGAACAGUGGGAACUCGUUUGA